AUUACGCCGAGAAAUAGAGACAGAAAUGAGAAGAAUGAACAAGAAAUAGAUAGAAUUAGAAAAGAAGGUCCAGGACAGAGUGGGUUGGAGAAUGCUGGUCGUCUGUCUAUGCUUCAUUGGGGUUAACAGGCGUAAUUAAGUAAGUAGUAAUGUCUGUAGUAGUUCCAUUGAAAAAAUAAUAAUACCAGAUAGCACACAUAAAUAAUUUUUAUUUUACAGUUUAAUGCAGUCUGUCAGACUAUUGAAUUUGCUACCAAGAGGAAAUGUCACUGUCUGUUCAUUACGACUAGAUAGUACGACGAAAUCGUCAUCACCACAUAAUCCUAAUAGUAAAACUCAAAAAACUGUAGAACGUAUUAAAGAUGAUAAGAAAAAGUCUACAAGAACUAUCUACAAUGUACCAGAGUACUAUGAACAUAAAACAUUUUGUUUUUACGACUUGGAAAUGCAACUAAAAAGAUUUCGAUUACCACAACCUAAUCCUUCAUGA